AUUAUUUUCUUUUAUUAAAGAAUAUUUAAUCCCAAUUGUGAUAAUUUUGUAUGUUUAUUUGUUGUUGAAGACAAGUUGUACGGUAGAUUUUCAGUGACGAAAAGUAUUUAUCGCAUUUAAGUGCGAUUUGUUCGUCCUAACAUCAGUUCGUACUGCGCAGAAUGAUUAUCAGUAAAAUUAUUAAAUUAAGAAAUUACGCACGAUUUUAAUGUUAAAAGUUUGAUCUGACAUGCAGAGAUGUGAAUAAAACAUUUCUAAAAAGUCACAUAAGUAAUAAAGAACCAUUGAUGAAGGAUUUAAUUAAGUUGUGAUGUUAGAGAACUUAUUUCGAGGUAGAUUGGGAAGAAUGACUGGAUCAUUUCGAAGCAAUGUGUGGGACCCUGUACUUAUUACCAGUCAGAUAAUCAGUCUACAGUGUCAGUUUAUAGUGACGCUGGGAAUCUGGGUGUAUAUACUCAACUUUAUCUGCGGAUAUGAUACUACCAUAGACCAAAUCUUCAAACAGGCAGAUAAAGGUUUAUUCACAGAAGGCCCGGGCAAAGCAAAUACAAUAGCAUAUGCAUUAAACUGCUUAACCAGUGCUUUGGGUCUCUGGUUCAUAGUAGGAAGAACAAAGCAGUGUUUAGACUUUGCUGUUACAAUGCACUUUAUACAGUUUAUCAUAUUUUGGAUUUAUAAUGGACAUAUACCACAUACUGUAUCAUGGUGGAUUUUAAAUUUAGUUGGAGUGACUUUAAUGACAGUGCUUGGAGAAUUUUUAUGUAUGAGGACGGAGAUUAAAGCCAUUCCAAUAGGUAUGGGGCCAAAGGUUGACUUGUGAUAGAUUUUGUAUGCUGUUUUCUUCUCGGUAUGAACAUUGUGUGCGGAAUGCGAACAAACUGGUUUUUGUGAUAUAUUUAAGAAUUAGUUUCAAGGCUUCUUAUAAAUCAAAGAAAUUGGGGACCAGUCUUGUAAUGGAGGUAUUUAUUUGGUCAUUUUCUAACUGGUGCCCAGGAUUCACCAAUCAAAUGCCUUGGUACAUGGUUGGUCCUCGGUUUCAAGUAAUAACAUGCAAGUCUUGGGCUGCUGGUAUUUAUUUAUAUCGCGUUAAAGAAGGAUUUCUUCAGUACAGAGAACAAUAGUUAAUUUUGCAAUUCUUGUCAUUUUAAUCAAGUAAACAAAAAAUAUUCAUCGAACAAUAUUCAAAAAAAACUUUGUACCAAAGAUCAGGAAAUGUGCAUAAUGCUUUGUAAUAACUGAACAUGUAAAUUUCUAAAUACUGACUACCUACAAUGUAUUGUUCAGCCUACACUUGAAUUUAUUUUAAUGAAAAUUAUAAAAAAAAAAACAUACAUGAAAUUUCUAUUUUGAUUCUUAAAAUGCUUUGACUUGAAAUUGAUUUUAAUCUGUAGUUUACACUCAUUUAAAAUUAAAAAUUAACUGGAUAAAUAUGUAUUAAAAUCAUACUAUUUUUUGUUUAUUCAUGUGCAUGAUAAAAUGUACCUGUGGGAGAAUGGGGAAUUAUUUAAUGUAUCAGUAUAUUGUGCUUAGUUCAAUAUCACACCAAUAUGCUGGGACAACAAGUUAGUUAUAUAUUUUGAUUUUCAUUGUACAUAUCAUACACUGAGCCAUAUUAUGAUUGAAACAUUUCAAUAGUGCUUUCAAAAUACUAACUUAUAAAAUUUGAGUCGCGUCAUGACAAAACCAACAUAAUGGGUUUGCGACCAGCAUGGAUCCAGACCAGCCUGCGCAUCCGCGCAGUCUGAUCAGGAUCCAUGCUGUUCGCUUACCAACCCUUUUACAAGUAGAGAAAUUAAUAGCAAACAGCAUGAAUCCUGAUCAGACUGCACGGAUGCCCAGGCUGGUCUGGAUCCAUGCCGGUCGCAAACCCACUAUGUUGGUUUUGUCAUGAUGCGGCUCAAAUGUCAUUUUGUGUGCUUUUAAGUUGUUUGGAUAUCAUUUUUUGUUUCAGAUUUUUGAAUUAUUGUUUUUUGGUAUAUAAGCAUAUAUCAUAGCAUGCAUGUAAAUGACAAUGAUAAAGUUCCCAUUUUGCUGAAAAUCUAAUUUUAUGAGUACAAAGUUUGCUAAAAGCAAUUUAUCAUUUUAGAGGCAGCUUGAGCUAAUAGUUUGACCGUCCCGAGCUGGAUUUAAACAGUCUAUAAAUAAACAUAAAAGUUCUCUACCAUUAUUUAUUUAGAAUGAAUGAAAAUAUAGAUAAAAUGUAGUCAUUGCUAUAAACAACAUUUCACGAUUAAAUUGUAACAUGUGCAUUUGUAUUAUAAGAAUAAUCUUAUUAAAUUGGUCAGAUAAAGUGCUUGUAUGAAAGAAACAAGUUACAAAUUUGUCCAAAAAAAAUCUCCUUUCAAAUGAAACAAAUUCUUCCCUCUUGCAUUUAUGUGUAUGAAUUAAAA